GUACAAAGUUCUGACAAAGUGUCGCUUCUUACUGUUUAAUGAUUGUAUAUACAUGUAAAUAUUUAAUUACAUCUUUAUUUCCGAGUGAAGUUUUGUAACAUCUCAUUAAAAAUUAAUUAUUUCUGAUUAUUUCCAUGAUAAAAUGAGUAGUUUAACAAAAUAAAUACACUCGUCAAAACUUCAGUCAGAAUCAGUAUCUACCGGUAUCGACAUCUAUACAAUGAAGAAAUCGGAGAUUUUUAUAAUUUUAGUUUUACAUAUUGUUACAUUUGUACAACUUUCACACAAUAAACUGGUCGAUUCCGAAGUUGCAGUGAAAUGUGCGGCAGUGAAAUGUGCGCUCAACGAUUCUGUGUGCUUGACCAAGCAAGCACAAAACACUUUGCAGUCAUUCGUCAAAGGGAUUCCUGAGCUUGGUAUUCAAAAAAUUGACAAAUUGCACAUUGAUGACGUAAUAGUACAUACUCCCAAGUUUCACUAUGCAUGGGUUAAUAUAACAGUUGCAGGAAUGAAAAACGCGAUUUUUGAUAAAGUUAGCAUCAAUCGGGAAUUUAAAUACAUAAGAGUAUUAUUUCACACAAAUAUGGUUAUGGAGUUCGAUUAUAAAUGCGAUGGUAUAUUAUUGUCUUUACUUCGCGUUUAUGGCGAUGGAAUAGGAAACAUAACUCUAAAUGAUAUACAAAUGGAAAUCUUGUUCAUGUAUGAUAUCGUCAAAGAUGAUAACGGGAAAGACAUUAUGGAUUUACAUACUUACUAUUACGGAGCUAACUCUGCAGGCGGCGUUCGGUAUUACUUCUCUAAUAUAUUCGACGGAGAUGUUAAAAAGAGUGAAUUGCUUCUUGAUACAAUGAACGAAAGUUGGAGAAUCUUCAUGUCUAACUUUGGUGGUUACUUCAAUAGGAAGAUCACUGACAAAUUGUAUUAUGCACUCAAAAUCUACCUGCGAUCUUGUCCUUUAGAAGAAAUAGCUCAGUAUUGAAAAGUAUAUUAUAUACGUAAUUAUUAAACAAUAAUAAAACAUAUCUUGCACUGAAA